UGAUUCACUUUUGUUUACGUGCGUGAACUUUUAUGUAUCGACAGCCAACUUGCAAUUUUUAUAAUAUUAACUAAUCUACAAAUGUUUUAUUGACAUAAAAGCCAAGAUGCAUGAAGAUAAGGUGGCAUUCAUAUUGUUUGUUUUUCUUAUAAUAUCCAGCUGUCUAUGUCACAGCUCGCCUGUAGAUAUUUGGAGAAUAGUUUUAGAACCCCAAAACAUUCAACACGUUAAACGAUCUAGAAUAAGGCUGAGAGCAACUCAAGACAUUCCCCACCUCGCUGUACAUAUUGGUUUAUCGGAUUUAGCCAGUUUUAUUUACAGAGCCGGUUUGACUGAUACUCUAUCAUCUAAAGGCCCAUUCACGGUAUUUGGUCCUAGUGACUUGGCAUUUUUUCAACUUCCACCUGAAUCAAGAAAGGUACUAUUCACGAACAAUACAUUGCUGAAAGAGUUGUUAGAAUACCAUGUUGUGAAAGGGUCUUAUUUUCAAAGUCAGUUUAAGAACGAAGAACUGUUAGACUCUCUUUUACCUGGCUAUAAAAUCAGGAUUAAUAAAUACAAAAAAAACACCGUGACGACCGCUUCAGGGGCUCCGCUUUAUCUUCAAGAUCAGAUAGCUACAAAUGGCAUCAUUCAGUCUUUAACAUCUGUAAUGAUACCCCCGGCAGGAACUAUCACCUACUUCGUUAAAACUAUGUCAGCUUUCUCUAUUUUACUUAAAGCUGUUUCAGUUGCUGGACUCGCUGACAUCCUAAAUGGCGCUGGACCAUUCACCUUAUUUGCACCGAGCGACGAAGCAUUCUUUAAAUUGCCAUCAGCAGAAUUAGAUAAAUUAUUAAAUGAUCCAAAAUUAAUCAAAAAUAUUUUAUUGUACCACACUUUAAAGGGUACUGUUUAUAGUGCUGGUUUAACGAAUGGUGAAACAGUACAAACUAUAAGCAACAUGAGUAUAAAUAUAACAAUAACAAGUCAGGGUGUAGAAGUAAAUGAUGCCAUGGUUACGAUGCCCGAUAUCACGGUAACAAACGGAGCUGUUCACGUCAUUAAUGCCGUCCUGCUGCCGAGCAACUUAAAUUCUGUUACAAAUGAUAGAUAUUUGCACUUUUUUGAUAAUCUUAAUAACGAAUUUAACAUAGUUAAUUGAUAAUGCUAGGUUCCCACUAUCACGAAUGGCGCUACGUGGUGAUCCUAUCAGGUCUUGUCAUAUAUCGUGGUCAGUCGUAGCAAUCGUGCUGAUCGUAUCCAAAAGUAUCCAAACGUAUAUGCACGUACCAGGUCCUGGAAUCAAUAGGACAAUUCCAAUCUGAUUAAAACACAGAUCUUGUUUCGUUUCGUUUUUUAUAGUUCAAAAUUUUUGGUUUCUUGUCUUUACUACACUAGGACCUGGAAGAGUUGUUAUAUAACCCGCGUUCUGGACGAUGUGAGGGAUUAGCCAAUGAAACGGUCUGUUACGGCGAGGUUUUGGCGUGAGUUGCACUAGAAACAUCAACACUGGUCGGUUAAUCAAGUGUUUGUCGUCAUAGGGUCACACUACAACUGGUCAGAUCUUCAUGUAGUAGAGGCCAUCGAAAGUAUAAAAAAGAAACGAAAUAUAGAUCUGUAUUGGGACAAUCCUAUCGUAACGCAUCCACGACAGUGGGAACAUAGCAUAAUCGAGAAACAUUAUAAUGCAUGUUAUAUACGUUUUCAUAAAUUAUUAUAUUUUUUUAUUGUUGAUUUUUGAUUUGAAAAUUACAUCAGUUUUACAUAUUGUGAGGAACAAAAUAAUAUAUUAGAUUUUUUAUUUCUUUAUACGUUAAACAGAUAUUAUGCAAGAGCCAAACCUGCCUAUUGCUGGUUUUUCUUUGGGUCUGGGUCCAAUUUUCAAUAGAUUAUAACGGUUCGGCCGUUUAAUCAUUUAACUUAAAAAAAUGGCGAAGCUAGGCUAAGCCUCGAUCAAAUAUCAUGCGAAUUAACAGUGGCGUCAAUGGCAAGAGGAUCACUGGUCUUCAUCCUGAUAUUCUUAAAAACAGUUAUGCCCCCUGCAUUGUAUUACAGCUUAAUUAAUGCGUUUCUGUUUAUGUCAGACAAAACGAUGGAUGCCUUUCUCUUAGACAAGUGCGCGUAGAAGCAAAAUAUAUUUCAUAAAAAUAUAUUAAACUGUAAACAUUUCUUAACUGACACUGAAAGAUGGUUCCUUAAACUAAUCAUUUGUACAAAGAUAAAUUAUGAUAUACAAAAUAUAUAAUGAUAUUGUUAACAAGA